GCUCAUUAAAAGUAGCUCUGUGUGCACAGCACUGCUAGCAAGCUAUCUUUCAGGUGACUCCUUCAGUGAGGGAAGAAAAGCCUGUGAACUGUUGGGAUAUUAUAAAUCUUUCCUUGAGAUGUCAGCCAAGAGCUUUAGCAGAAUCAAAGUGACUGCAGUGCUUUUUCUCUUCCUAAAGAUACAACCCUCAGUGCAAGCACCAUUAAAUGGAACUAAAUGGUCUUAUAUUGGUCCUGAUGGAGAAACAACCUGGCCCCAAAAGUAUCCAUUUUGUGGAGGAGGAUUCCAGUCUCCAAUAGAUCUUCAUAAUAAUAUUCUUCAAUAUGACUCUACUCUCUUGCCUUUAGAGCUCGUAGGUUAUAACAUGUCCACCACUGACCAACUUGCAUUAACCAAUAAUGGUCAUUCAGUGAGAGUGGGUCUGCCUCCUACCAUGUACAUCAGAAACCUCCCUUUCCAGUACACUGCAACUCAGCUUCACUUACACUGGGGAAACAGAAAGAAGCCAGAAGGCUCAGAGCACACAAUCCAUGGGAAGCAUUUUGCAGCAGAGCUACAUAUCGUACAUUAUAACUCCGAAAAAUAUCAUGAUGUAACAGCAGCAAUGGAUAAAUCAGAUGGAUUCGCAGUUUUGGCUAUCUUCAUUGAGAUAGGUCCAUUCAAUCCAUCAUAUGAAAAGAUCUUCAGUCAUUUCCAGAACGUGAAAUACAAAGGCCAGAAGGCUCAAGUCCCAGGUUUCAACAUCCAAGAACUGCUUCCCAAACAACUGAAUGAGUAUUAUCGCUAUGAAGGAUCCCUGACCACUCCUCCUUGUUACCCUAGUGUUCUUUGGACCGUUUUCCGACAUCCUGUAUACAUUUCAGAAGAACAGCUGCUGGCAUUAGAAACAGCCCUGUACUGCACACAACUUGACGAUCCUAAACCCCUGGAAAUGGUUAAUAAUUUCAGACACGUUCAAGAGUUUGAAGAAAGACUAGUUUAUAUCUCCUUCCAUGAAGUUGCAGAAAGGACAAAGAAGAAAACAAAGGUGUUAUCUACAAGCCAGCAGCUGACAAUGAAAAUGACAGAGAAGACAACAAAGAUGUCAUCUACAAGCCAACAGCUGACAAUGAGGACGAUGAUCCCUCCAAAGUAUGAGUUAUAUCUUAUCAUAGAAAUCACUUUUCAUUCGUGGGACUUGACAGAAAUUUGCCCUGGACAAUACUUCUCUAACCUAUUAUAAGGCUUUGAAACAGUUUCAGAAACAGAAGCCUAAAUACUCUGGUAGCUCUUACCUUCCGACACCUGGGGAGAUGUGAUCAGUGAGUAUUCCUGAGGCCAUGUCUCUCACUACUCUCUACUCACUAAUAAUUUAUUCCAUAUUUAAUCAUAAACUCAAGCUUUAUAGGUUGUUCAUACCACAGAUUUCCCAUCCAAAAAUUCAAGACUAAAGAAAACAAGUCAUUAUCGGUACUACAAGAUUAUGUCUGUAUCUAUUUCUUCCCUAAGAUUUGGUCUUUUCAAUAAUUUUUUAACCAUGUUCUUCAGAUGAUACUGUUAUUUAAAUUGCAGUGAACAGCUGAUCAUAGUAUCAUACCACCAUUAGUGGAGCUACAGCAUGGGCUCAUGUAGACACAACCAGGCCCCCUUGGCCUGCUAGUGAGGUCUGAGCAUAGGAUCUUCAGCGCUAGCAUAGUUUAGCUCACUGCUGGAGCUAAAAGCCUUUAAUCUCAUGGUUAUAGAAGACUCACUGAACCUGUUAUGGAGGCAAGUUACUAGAGAGAUAAAAUGGUACUUUCCUUCCCUCUUUCCCCCACAUGAACUGCACCAGCAAGCAACAGAUCCUCAGGCCCUUCCUCACAACUUAUUGUCCUCAUUUUAUUUGCAUGAAUGAUACAUAGAUAUAGCAAUUAUUACUUUAAAGACAUUUGCUUUCCAAUUUAAUCAUGAUUAAGUCAUUGUAUACUUAUAAUUAUUAUAACUGAAAUUGAGCAACAAAUUAUUUUAACACAUUAGUUGCCUGAAUUUAGCAACUUAUUUAUUAGAAGGGGACAUGUAUUUUGUUAGAAUUACCUUCUUGACCUUAUAACAUAGUGUGUGAUGGGAGAUUAUGAUUCACCUCAGAAGGAAGAGUGUUGAGCCAAUCACACCAAACAUGGAGAAUUCCUCUUGAAACCAACACUUUUGUGUGUGCCAUUUGAAUAACUAUGUUGGCAACUGAAAAUGAGUACCCAAGCAGGAAACCGAGUAGAGAUGGAUCUAAAAUAAUUUAAGGUCUAAAUGGCACUGAACAUUGGGGAAGGCCAGAUUUGAACUUUGCAGUUUGAAUCUGCUUACAUUUUGGGGAAUUUAAAUAGUCUUUUCUCGGUGACUCUGCACAUGCUACUAUUGUCAUAUACUACUGAACUUGCCACUUAACCACAAUUACUAAUAUGCUAAUAAAACAUGAACUUUCAAAUUCAGCACACUGAUAUGAUUAUACAAUGUAUAGGCUGAAUGUUACCUUCAUCUUCCCUUCCCCCUACUUAUUACAUAUUCAUUAUGCCUUAAAAAUCUAGAUCAUGGGCUGCUUGUAGGCUAGAUGAUAGGGUCAGGGAUUUUGUCUGAUAUUUUGGUAGCAUCCAGCAAAUCCUAAAGGAACUUCACAGGCAAUACUGGAAUAUAAAUUUCAGUAAGAAGCAGAGUGUGUAUUGAUUUGGACUCAGAGUUACAAGGAAUUGUAAGAAAGGCAGAAAAUUACAGAAGUAAUAAAGUAAAGCUCUACAGCUUUUUACGCAGUUUAAAUUGUGAAACCCAAAUGUCGCACUGUCUUCCUAGAAUUCUUCAGGGGUCAUUAGGAUUUACUCUGUUAAUUUCAAAGACAGAAGUGUGCUUUUUGGUCUACUUGUCACUAUUUUAAAACUCCCUUACAGAAUAACUAUUUUCUGAUUAAAAUAUUAUUUUAAAUAGCUCUUUGUGCUCACAAUAGGCAAAAAUCACAAUCUUAUAUGGAAGAUAAUAUAUGACCAUAAUGAAAAAAUAGAUAUGUGCUCUAUAGUUUGAACUUUAGUUCAACACAACAGAAUUUUUAUUAAAAUGUUUGACAUUGCUAA